UAUCUUUCUCAUCCAUCGUCUUUUGUUUAUCACAACCAAAGCUCUUAUCUCCUCCGAAAAGCCCCAAAUCCAAAACCCUAGCCCAUUUCCAAAACCCUAGAAUGGAGGAGAUCGGGAUCCAUUCCACUCCCCUUUAGGCCCUCGAUUACUAGGGUUAACGAUCGGUAUCGUUGGAUCUAGGAAUGGACGCGCGCGACUCUUCGCCCAGUGGUGAUUCCCCCGUGGAGGACGAUCAGGCGCUCUCGGUCACGGCGGCGCUCGCCAAGGAGGCGGCGGGGUUGUUCCAGAGCCGGCGGUACUCGGAGUGUGUGGAUUUGUUGAAACAGCUGUCUCGGUUGAAAGAGGACGAUCCCAAGGUUGCACAUAACAUUGUUGUUGCAGAGUAUUACCGUGAUGGUUGCUUUGAUCCCCGGAAACUGCUUGAUGUCCUCACCAAGAAGCGAAGCAAGGAUGUUCUGUGUGCAUCUGGAGAAGAGAUGGAAUCUGCUAACAACCUCAGAGGCAAUGCUGUCUCAGGAUCUAGUGAUGGAACUACUGCACUAUACCAGUUUUCUGCUGCAAAAUCCGGCUGUUUUAACUAUUCGGAUGAUUCUGACGUUUCCAUUGUAACUUUCAACAUUGCAGUCAUUCUCUACCACCUGCAUGAAUUUAACCGUGCAUUGCCAAUGCUUGAGUCCUUGUUUCAACAUAUAGAAGCUUUAGAUGAGGUGAUCGCUCUUCGUAUAUGUCUUCUCUUGCUGGAUACCGCGUUUGCUUUAAAAGAUGCGGCACGAGCUUCAGAUGUGAUCCAGUAUUUGGAAAAGUUUCUUGGUGUUAGCUACAAAAUGAACCAAGUUGAUAAUGGAACUAUUGCUCAGAAUCCAUCUUCAAUUCAAGCAGCUUCUGUAAAUAUUAACGUGGCUGUUCAAGAUCCUAUUUCUGAUUUAAGUAUAAGUGCAAAUAUGCCAGAUGACCCUUUAUCAAGAACUUUAUCAGACGAGUAUGAAACCUUGAUUUCAACCAUGGAUAGUGGUGCUCUUAAAUUUGGUAGGUCUACCUUGAAUCACGUCUCAAAACCACCAGUUGGUCGGGCUGCUCCUUGUGUCGAUCUAAAGUUAAAUAUGCAACUGUACAAGGUUCGAUUUCUGUUGCUCACAAGGAAUUUAAAGGUGGCAAAACGUGAAGUCAAACUUGCUAUGAACAUUGUGCGUGAUAGAGAUUCAUCUAGUGCACUCAUGUUGAAGUCCCAAUUAGAAUAUGCUCGAGGAAACCAUCGCAAGGCUAUAAAACUCUUGAUGACAUCCAUUAACCGGGCAGAUCCAGUAAUGUUAAGUAUGUUCAAUAGCAACCUGGGAUGCAUAUACCACCAACUGGGGGAACAUCACUUGUCAAUCAUGUACCUUUCCAAGGCAUUAAAAAGCUGCUCAACAAUUCUAAAAGAGAAACCUCUGAAGCUUUCAACAUUUUCACAUGAUAAAUCCCUCCUCAUAUUUUAUAACUAUGGGCUGCAAUAUUUGGCUUGUGGAAAGCCUUUGACUGCAGCUCGCUGUUUGUAUAGAACCAUUCCAAUUUUUCACAAUCGGCCGCUUUUAUGGCUCCGCCUUGCUGAAUGCUGCUUAUUGGCACAAGAAAAGGGGCUUCUGAGGCAAGCUAUUACUUCCAGCAGUGAAGAAAUAAAACUUUCAGUAGUUGGUUCUGGUAAAUGGCGGCAUGUGGUUGUUGUGGAUAUGAACUCAAGAAACAGGCAUUUGGAUAUCAGAGGAGAGGAUGGUAGAUUUGGUCCUGAUGAUCAAUGUAGGCUUUCUCUUCCGUUUGCUCGCCAGUGUCUGCUCAACGCCCUGCAUUUGUUGGACAAAUUGGAAGAGCGGACAUCAAGACCUGCCACAACAUUCUCCGUUAAUGAAGUUGACAAACCAAACCAGGGAGCUUCUGGCAGCAUUUCAAAUUCAAGCCACAAGAACUGGUCAGAUGGAGAUUCAAAAUCAUUUUCUGUGACUUCAGCCUCUUUACCAACUGGUACCAAUAACGAAUUCAAAGAAACUAAGGGAAGUAUGAACUCUAAUAAUAUCUUUCAGGGUUCUGUUUCUUCUUUUGAGGACAUGUGUAGAAAAGAGAACCAUAUGAUGAAGCAGGCUGUUCUAGGAGAUCUUGCAUAUGUGGAGCUUUGUUUGGAAAAUCCUUUGAAAGCACUUUCUCAUGCCCAAACUCUUCAGGAGAUGCCAGACUGUUCAAAGAUGUAUUCUUAUCUUGCCUGUGUAUAUGCUGCUGAGGCUCUCUGUCUCCUGAACCGACCUAAAGAAGCUGCAGAACAAUUAUCAGUAUACCUAUUGGAUGGGACUAGUGUCGUUUUGCCUUACAGUGAUGAGGACAGAGAGAGAUGGACAGUCGAAGUAGGCGGGGAUAGUGACGAACUGAAUAAUACAGUAAAUGCCAAAAGAACUGCAGGAGUUUUCCUAAAGCCUGAAGACGCCCGCGGGUCACUCUAUUUGAACCUGGCUGCCAUCUGUGCCAUAGAGGGAAAUCUUGAGCAAGCCGACCGAUUUGUGGCACAAGCCCAAUGUAGCAUGCCAAAUAAUCCGAAAGCCGUUCUUGCUGCAGUUUAUUUGGAUCUUUUACGCAAUAGGACACAAGAUGCCCUCUCUAAGUUGAAAAAGAGCAGCCGAGUUAGAUUCCAGUCUAGUGCUUGAACAUUGAACUCCUCAUGAUGCGGUUUCCAGUCCCAGAUUGAUUUGUGGACUCUGGACCAGCCUGAUACCAGAAACUUACUAUAAGGAGAAUUUUACAGUUAUCUGUACCAUAGAGAAGAUUGUCGGUAGAAUAAGUAACUUCUUAUCAAUAGUGCUCGGUGGUAUGGCAGAUUCUUUAGAUCUGUUGGUGCCAACCUUUUUGAGCUUACAAUCUAGGGCAGCUUCAAGAUAGAGAGGGGAGCGUUUUUGAUGUUUGGACAAUUCAUUCAUUUAGUAAAGUUAAUGAAAAGCUCUUUUUUAUUCGCGCUAA